AUGGCUGCUAGACUUCCAGUGAUACUUCGUAGUCUGCAAUCUUCCAGGAUUAUUUGUGCAAGAGCAAUGAGUGGAGGACAGUUGGGGGAUGGUGUUGGAAAGGGAGGAGGUGGCAUUGGUUCCAUUCGAGAAGCUGGUGGUGCCUUUGCUAAAAUGGAAGUUGCAAAAGAGGAACAGUAUUUUCGUCAGUUGCAAAAGGAGCAGUUUGAAAGACUGAAAGAGUUGCUGGAAGAUGAAGUGAGCCAUCACGAGUUACAGAUUAAACAGCAUUUGGCAGCGAUCGAGCAUCACAAGAAGAAAAUAGAACGCCUGCACAAGAAAGACAAGCAUGGAGAAGAUUCUGAUUGA